AUGUUGGCCUCCGGUUUGCGGAAUGUAGCUCGACGGCCCGGCUGCUGCUGUUGCUGCCGAAUAUCCCCCUUCUCAGCCGCUCCCGCCAACCUCGCCGCCGCCGUCGCCGGUGCUACAGCUCCCGCAAGCUUCUACUUCUCCCGUUCCGCAUCCCGAUCCUUCGCCGCCGCCGCGCGCACAUCGCAAACCCCAAGCAUGGCUUCAACAACAUCCCUCCCGAGGAUCCCUCUCUUCGAGGCCAUUUCCCGGCACGACCCCGAGUCCACCGCCGUGAUUCACUCCCUGUCCGGCCGCCGCUUCAAGUACGGAGAGCUUCUUGGCGACGUGCGCCGUGCGCGGAACAAGCUCUUGGACUCGGCGGGCAAGCCGGAUCUCAAUGGCGAGCGCAUCGCAUUCUUGGUAGAGAAUAGUUACGACUAUGUAGUGACCCUCCUGGCCGCCUUUGCUGCGCGAUCAAUUGCUGUACCUCUUUCGCCGGCCUUCCCCGCCGCCGAGCUACAAUACAUUUUAGACCAAAGCGAAGCCUCCCUGCUCGUCUCUUCGGCCAAGUUCGCCGCGAAAGCGAAGGAGGUCCUCGCCAAGGAGCUCGUCUCAAGUCCUACGCAAGUCGAGCUCCAGAAGCAUCUCGGUGGCAGCACGCAUGAGCAGGUUGAGCUCGACGACGCCGACGCCGAUGGCGCGGGCAUGAUGCUGUACACUUCCGGCACCACCAACAGACCGAAAGGUGUCCUUCUUCCUCAAUCCGUCCUGACGGCGCAAUCGAAAUCCCUAAUCGAAGCGUGGAACUACACCCCGGCGGACCACCUCCUACACGUUCUCCCCCUGCACCACAUCCACGGCACCGUCAACGCCGUCCUCACGCCACUGUUGUCCGGCUCCACGAUCGAGUUUAUGUUCCCCUUCAACGCCGACGCGGUGUGGAAGCGCCUCGCCGCGCCCUAUAUCACCACCAACGGCACAAACGGUCAAAACGGCACCAAUGGUGUCAAUGGCACUAACGGCGUAAACGGGGCACACAACAUCCCCAAGGAGAAAAUCACCUUCUUCACCGUCGUGCCAACCGUCUACUCCCGCCUCCUCGCAACGCACAAAUCCCUCCCCCUCGACCCCGCCGAGCCGACCCGCGAAGCCGUCUCCCCGCGCAACAUGCGCCUCGCCAUCUCCGGCUCAGCAGCCCUCCCGACGCCUAUCAAGGAGGCCUGGAAGACACUCUCCAAGGGCAACGUCCUCCUCGAGCGCUACGGCAUGACAGAGGUCGGUAUGGCUCUCUCCUGCGGCCUCGAUUUCGCAGACCGCGUCGAUGGCAGCGUCGGCUGGCCCCUGCCCGGCGUCGAGGCCCGCCUCGUCGACAUGGACACCGGCCUCGUCAUCCCAGCCGGCGAGGACAUCGACCCCAAAACGGGCCGCGAGCGCUCCGGCGAAAUCCAGCUCCGCGGCCCUACAAUCUUCAAAGAGUACUGGCGCAACCCGGAAGCGACGGCCAAGGAGUUUGUCGAGGGCGAGGACGGCAGGGGCAAGUGGUUCAAGACGGGCGAUGUCGCCGUUCGAAGACCGGUAGCCAACGCCGGGCUCAACGCCGCGCAGGCGUCCUGGGCAAAGGGCGACAUGUACUUUAUCCAGGGCCGCAAGAGCGCCGACAUCAUCAAGACGGGCGGCGAAAAAGUCAGCGCCCUCGAGGUCGAGCGCGAGCUGCUCUCGCUGCCCGAGGUGGCCGAGGCCGCCGUCGUCUCCGUCCCCUCGGGCAAGUGGGGCUCCAAGGUCGGCGCCGUCGUCAUCCUCAACACGGACGUCGUCCCACACUGGUCCCCCAUGGCCAUGCGGAGGGCUCUCCGGGAUCGGCUCGUUAACUACAAGAUUCCCCAGGUGCUCAAGGUCGUCGACCACAUCCCCCGCAACGCCAUGGGCAAGAUCAACAAGAAACAACUGGUCCAGGCCGUCUUCGAGGACCAGUUUAGCGGCGAUGAAUUGUAA